AUGAGCAUCACCGCAUCCACUACAAAAACAUUGACAAACGGAGUCAAAAUCCCAGUUCUAGGGUUUGGUACCUACGAAACACCUAAAGAGAAGGCAGAGAGCAUUGUGCACGCUGCUUUCAAGCAAGGAUACAGACAUGUCGACACCGCUCAGCUGUACGAGAACGAGAGGGAAUGUGCCACUGCUGUUGCCAAAUUUUUGAAAGAAUCUCCAAAGGUUUCUAGAGACCAGGUGUUUUACACUACCAAGGUCGCCGGCGACAACCACGGUUAUGAGAAAGCCAAGAAGUCGAUCAUUGAGUCGCUCGAGAUGGCUAAGGAGCUCGAGUACGUGGACCUCUUCUUGAUUCACAACCCUUGCGCGGAAACUGAAAAGCGUCUUGGGACAUACAAAGCGCUACAAGAGUUUUACAAAGCUGGUAAAAUCAAGGCUAUCGGUGUUUCCAGCUACAGUAUCAAGCACUUGGAGGAGCUUUAUUCUUGGGAGGGACUUGAGGUCAAGCCCAUGGUAAACCAGUUUGAGCUGAAUCCUUGGCUAACAAGAAAAGAUCUCGUUAAGUACUGUAAAGAGAGAGACCUCGUGAUUGAGGCCUUCUCUCCUAUUACCAGAUCAAAGCGUUUCUCAGACCCCGUUGUACAGAAGCUGCUGAAAGAGUCGUACCCUGGCCGCACCCCAGCUCAGCUCUUAAUCAGAUGGUCGCUGCAGAUGGGUUUUGUUCCUUUGCCUAAGUCCGUCCACGAAGACCGCGCGGAGUCCAAUUUGCAUGCACUCGACUUCGAGAUCAGUGCCGAAGAUAUGAAGACUUUGACACAUGAUGGCGAACACUUCCUCGCUCAACCGGGCUUCGACCCAAUUGAAACCGAGGAUUAA